CUGCAACCUCAGCUACAGCCGGCCAGCACACGAUCUUCGAAAACUUCUUCCGCAACGGCACUUGCCCACCCACGCAAAAAGCCUCAGCCGAAUAGUCCUCCAGAAUCUUCCGGAACUCGGCCACCCUCUUCUCCAUCUGCUCCGGUUCCUCGUCCACCCUUUCCUGAUCCUUCUCAGCACCCUUCUCGCCAUCAACAGGCGCUUUCUUCGCUUCG